GUGUGAUUUUUCGGCCAUCAGGACUCUCUGCUCUUUAUCUAUUAAUAUUAUUCUAUCUACCAUUUGUUCCUGUACCAACAGAAAAAACAAUGUCUGGCCAUACAGGCAUUUUCCUAAAAAUUUUGAUAGUAAUAACGUCAUUAACGGCGUUAGGUCAAGUAAUAUUUCAAAUUGUCCUAGUUGCAAAGCCACCAUAUGCGGAAUUUUUGGAGAAUGAUGUAUUGUUAGAAAAAAUUCUGCGACAUGUGGGUUUCAUAAGACUGAAUAAUGUGGAUCCUAUAUCGGCCACAGUAUGGCUUUCGCCAGAAGUUGUAAUGCUUGCUAUAUCGAUAGGUUUUUUUAUUGCAAUGAGAAAAUUAUCUGCUCCUAUAUCAGUUGAGGCCUCAAAUGAGGAGGGAGAAGAUUCGGCAAAUAGCCGAUCAACAAAAACACAACAAAAAUAUUUUUCCUAUUUAGUAGCAAUUGGAAGAUACUGUGUCCUAUUUGCUUUGUGUUCCGCAGCAGUGUUGAGGCCCUCCGUCCUUGGAGGACUUUAUUUCAUUGUCUUCUUGGCAACUAUAACAUGGUGGUCAUGUUGCAAGCAGUUGAGAAGAGGCUUUGCAAUUGUAUUGGGAUGUCUCACACCAGUUGUUUUUAUACACUUGAGUGCAUUAUAUUCAUAUCAAUUUCAGUGGCCUCAGGAAUUUUUAGAAAGGAAUAGUUCCUAUGCAAGAUAUUUUGGACUUACGCAACUUAUAACUGUUUCUUUGGAUAGUUCUGAUGAUCCUAGAAAUUUUCUCUUCACUGACGAAGAAUGGGCUUCAUUUGUUAACCCUUUGGCUCUCUACUUGUUAUAUUAUAUGCUUGUUCUCGAGGUUAAAGGACUGCUUCAACCCUUGGAGUCUGUAGCAAACCAGCAACAAAAUCAAUUUGGAGAAACCACCCCACUAAUUCAAGGAGUAAGUCCAUCAAAGCGAUAUGGAUCUGGUAAAAAAAGUGGUAUAUUUCAAGAUUCAACUGGAAGCGUUACAGUUACUGGUGAAAAUACUGAAGAUAUACCAUUAGAUGAAUUGGGUACAAUAGAAGAUGAAUAUAAACCCACAGUAUUAGAAAAUAUUGUUUUUGCCCUGGAAUCUGUUUUACAGAUAAUAAUUCGAUCAUCUUAUAUUGGCACAAAUAUUAUAAUGAUGGCGUGGAGCAUUACCUAUUUAAGUUGGAUAACUUUUGUCCUUCUAAUAUGGGCCAAUUUGAUUUGGCUUAUACCGAAUCAAAGAAAAUCUAUGCUUUACUCAAGCCCAUUUUUAGUAUUUUAUGCUCUCUUUCUACUCAUAUCUGCUUACAUUUAUUCUAUGAAUUUAACGGAUGAAGAAUUACCAAUAAAAGUUAGUGGCGUUAAUUUAGAAGAAAUUGGAUUUGUUAAAAUGAGAAUAUUACCAUGUUUACCAUUGUAUAUAAAAUGCUUAUACACUAUCAUGUUUUGGAUUACGUUAAGGCAGUACAUGCAAGAACGAAAGGAACAAAGGCAAAGUAGUGCUCUCGCCGAUAUGGUUGCUCCAUUACAAGUUACCGUUGGAACUGCAGCAGGUGUAAACAAAGAGCAAGAGAAAGGCAAUAAAACAAUAGAAAAAAUAGGAAAGUAUAUUAAAAAAUUUUUGACAAAGUUCUGGAUAUGGAUUGUUGCUAUAACCCUUUUUGCUGUAGCAAUUACAGGAGACAGAAUGACUGGAUUCAGGAUCGUAUACAUGGCUUUAUUUUUGUUCUUUAUAUUGUCUUUCCAGUUCUCAUUCCGAAUGUGGCGGAAAAUGAUGUUUGUGUUUUGGCUAGUUGUUAUUAUUUAUUCAAUGAUUAUUCUGGUGAUGGUAUACACAUAUCAGUUUGAGAACUUUAAAAAAUAUUGGGAAAAUCUUGGAGUACCCAUAGGACAGCAAGAGGAUAUUGGUUUAGAAAAGUAUGAGACAAAACGAUUAUUUGUGCGCCUAGUAACUCCUACAUUUUUUGUUAUUAUCACAGUGAUACAGCUACAUUAUUUUCACAAAGACUUUAUGCAUCUCUCAGAUCCCAAGAAUACCAGUAUUUUAAGAGAAGAUGAUAUAAAUAAUGAUGAAGAUUUAGAUCAAAGCUCUUUACAAGGCGGUGCUGUUAUCGAACGGAGUGAAAAAGAUGAAACUACCACUUCAUCAGUUAAAUUUGAUUUAUAUGAGUUAGGCAAUAUGUCAAAUGCUGAAUUUCAACAUUUAGCAGAAGAAUGGCUAAAGAAAUUACAUCGUUUAAAAAAUUUGGUUUAUCUAUUUCUGGAAUUACACAUGGUUAAAGUAGUUCUUUUAUUUGCCAUGCUAAUAUGUGUCUAUGACUUAUGUGCUUUAUAUCUUGUUAUAAUUAUUCUCCUCUCUUUGGCUGUAACUUUUGGGCGGCCUGUACAAAUUUUUGCUAUCUACACUAGUUCUCUUUUGGUGUCAAUGCUGUUAUUAGCUCGUAUGAUUUUUCAAAUUAAAUAUAUUACUCCUGAAAAUUGGAAUGUUACAUGUGUGUCUGGAAAUGAUACGUAUAAAGUAAACAAUGCCUAUUGGUUUGGAUUUGAUAAAACUAAUGCUGUGCCUCGCCUAGUAAAGUGGAAUAUAGCAUACACCCUGGUUGUUACCUUAUGGUCUGUAAUAUUAAUAAGGCAGCAUUAUUAUCGAAUUUCAAGAGGACGACCAACUACAAGAGCAUUCUUUAUGUUUCCCAAGGUCACUAGAGCAGAUGCUGAUAAAGAUUUAAAAACAUGUUUGAAAUAUUUUGCAAAUUAUGGUUUCUACAAGUUUGGUUUGGAGAUUUCAUUGAUGGCUACAGUUGCUGUAAUAGGUAUAAGGAUGGAUAUGUAUGCAGUAUUUUAUUCUAUUUGGCUAUGUAUACUUUUUUCCAUGAAAAGAAGUGUGUUAUCUAGAGUAUGGGUGUUUUAUCUCAUAUUUAUAGCUGUCUUAUUGCCAAUUCAGUACUUUAUGGCUGUAGGUCUUCCUCCGACACUUUGUCAAGAAUUCCCGUGGGAUAAAACCAAUUAUUUAAGAGCAUUACAAGACUGGGCAUUCUUACUGGACAAAUAUAAUCCUCCUCCAGUGAAGAAGCUUAUUUGUGAUUUUAUUUUGUUGUUGAUAGUUUCAAGGCAGUGGGUUGUAUUUAGAAUUGAGAGAAGGUAUGCCGGUAAAAAUUAUGCAGGUGGUUCCAAUGAGAGCAUUAUACAUCAUGCAGAAGAAAAAGGUUUUGUAAACCCCGUUCCAGAUUUUAUUACAUACGUAAGAUCUUACCUGGACAUAUUCAAGAAAGGCAUUCUGCUGAGUUUUCUUUGGAUAACUUUGGCAAUAGUAUUUUUAGCAGGAACAAAUCGUGUUAAUAUAUUUUCCAUUGGUUAUUUGAUAGGUGCCUUUGUGUUUUUAUGGCACGGCUCAGAUUUCUAUCUCCGACCAAUUCGAAGUAUACUGAGACAGUGGCAGUGGCUCUUAGGAUAUAAUGUGACAGUCAUUUUCUUAAAAACCUCGUUUCAAAUAUUAGGUUGCAUCUAUAUUCAGAAUAUUCCAACAGAUUAUUGUUGGCUUGUGCAAGUAUUAGGAAUUGGUUGUGUUAGAAAAUUUGGGAAUUUGAAUUUACCAAAUGUAGACAUAGGGGAUGAUAUUGAUCCUAAAAUAUGUAAAGUCCCGAGAGAAUUUAUAGGAAUAGCAUGGGAUGGUAUAUGUUUUGGAUUAUUAAUCAUUCAAAGACGAAUUUUUAAUAGUUACAAUUUCUUUCACAUGGUCGAUGAGACUAAAGCAACUACAAUUUUAGCAUCUCGAGGUGCUGAAUUAAUAGAAGAAAUGAGGUUAAAAACAAUGAAGGAUCAAGAAGAAAUAGAACAUAGAAUUUUGGAGAAAAUUAAACAGAAGAUGGACAGAAUUAAAGCAAACCAACAAAAAAUGCAAGGUGUUAGUUAUAAAGAUAGACCUCAACUUGGAAGGGAUUCAUUCUUUAGACCAAAACAUAGAAGGAAGCCUCCAGUCACAUACAAAGAGGCUAUUAGGUCUGGAGACUACUAUAUGUUUGAUGACUUUGAGGAUGAUGAGAUAGAUCUCCUUCCUCAGGAAUCCCUCGAUCGAGAAAGUCGACUUGGUGAAAAACCAAAUAUUAGUGAGAUCGAGGAACACGAACCAAGAAGUGUGCGCAUUCGAGAACUUCCAAAAGACGACGAUCCACAACCAGGUACUAGCAAAGAUGAAGAUAUCAGUGAAUUAACAGAACCUAAAGUCACAAUUCGUAGGAAGAUAAUAAAUGCAUUAUUAUUUGUAUGGGCAUUUAUUGAAAGUGCAAUGAUUAGUUUAACCAAUUUUCUGAACAGUUACUCUCGAAGUUACAGAUAUGUACUAAAAGUAUUGGCAGAAGAGAAAAAAAAUUUAAAGGAAAAAACAAAUUAUAGUAUUGGACUCAGACUAGGCUCUACACAAGUGUGGCAACCUGCUGGAUCAUACCAUACACUUUUACAACAAUCACAUGAAGGAUCACCAGUGUUUUCAAUCUCCACUGCAGGAAUUUUCAAUCCAUCAGAUUCUUAUAGAAUAGCAUUGGUUGCCGAAAGGAUGGCCUCAGUCCAAAACAGUGAAAGUGAGGAGAAACCUCCAAAUAGUGAAGAAAGUGAUACAAAAGCACUGGCUAUGGCUUUACCUUAUUCUUCUGACCUGGAGAGGCGCAAGGCGAGUGUACUCACGGUUCCUGAAAUUCGUAUUCUGGCUCCAAGUUUGGAACGUGGACUAGACUCUCCAUGUUCUUCAAGGGAAUCUGCAUUAUCUCCACAUCCACAUGAAUAUAUUGAAGAAUUAUCAUCUAAAGAUCAACCCACUAUUGUUAAAUUACUUCUAGCUAUUUGGUAUAUAAUUAUGAGCAGAUCAGAAAUUCUUUGUUACUUUGUAAUAUUUCUAAAUCAAAUUAAAACGGCGACUUUUAUGUCACUACCUCUUCCAUUAAUGGUGUUCUUUUGGGGUUCCCUAACAAUACCAAGACCAUCCAAAACGUUUUGGAUUACUAUUAUAGCAUAUACUGAAGUUAUUGUAUUGAUAAAAUGUUUGUUCCAAUUUGACGUAAUGUCAGAAAAUAGUAAUUGGUUUGAUGUUGGAUAUCGAUCAAAUCCAUUUUAUCCUCCAAAGGUUAUAGGAACAUAUCGACAGAAAAAUUACGCUUUGUGGGACUUGCUAUUGCUACUUGUUGUAUUUUUCCACAGAGUACUUCUGAAAUCCAUGGGUAUCUGGAGUUCAAGUCCAGUACCAGCUGCUUUGGUUAACAAGGGUAAUUAUAAAUUGGAAGAUGGACAACUUGUGCCCUUGAAUUCUGGUUCACCCAAAAAUAAUAGUAAACAGGAAGAUACUUCACAGUCAACUUCAAAAAAAAGUGAAUUGACAUUGCGAGAUGAUGAUAAUAUAUUUUCUAUAGAAACUUCUGCAGAAGACCCAUUAUCACAUUUACCUCAAACAUUGCAAUUAGCGACCUCUAAAUAUGCAGAAUCUUUUAAAAAGUUCAUUCAUCAAUUGUUGGAUCCAACUUCUAGGGUUGCUGCUGAUGUGUAUUCUUUUAUGUUUUUAUGUGAUUUUUUCAACUUUUUUGUCAUUUUAAUUGGUUUUUCUGCAUUUGGAGCACAACAAGAUGGUGGUGUUUCAUCCUAUUUGCAAGAUAACAGAGUGCCCCCACUUUUCCUCUUUAUGUUGAUUCUACAGUUUAUGCUUAUAGUAAUAGAUCGAGGAAUAUAUUUAAGAAAAAAUAUAUUGGGAAAAAUUAUUUUUCAAUUUAUUCAAAUUGUAUUACUGCAUGUAUGGUUGUUUAUAGUUUUUCCAGUUACUACUGGGAGUCAAUUCAAUAAAGUAUUGCCGCCACAGAUGUACUAUAUGGUUAAAUGUUUUUAUUUGUUACUUUCGGCCUAUCAAAUUCGGUGUGGUUAUCCAACUAGGAUUCUUGGAAACUUCCUCUGCAAGGGAUAUGGAUAUGUUAACAUGUUUCUUUUCAAAGGAUUUAUGUUGGUUCCAUUUCUGUUUGAACUUCGUACGUGUAUGGACUGGAUGUGGACGGAGACAUCAAUGACUGUUUUUGAUUGGAUUAAAAUGGAGGAUAUUUUUGCACACAUUUAUCAAUUAAAAUGUACAAGAAACAUGGAAGAUGAAUUUCCUCAACCCAGAGGUGAAAAGAAGGCACCUUUAGUAAAAUAUGCCAUGGGAACUGUAAUUUUGGCAAUCAUAAUUGGGAUUAUAUGGUUCCCUCUUGUUUUCUUCUCUUUAGGGAAUGCAGUAGGUGAACCUAAUAUCCCCUAUGACGUAACAUUAGAAAUACGUAUUGGACCAUAUGAACCUGUUUAUAAAAUGUCUGCCCAAAGUAAUUCUAUUAUUGCAUUCAAAGAAGGAGAUUUGAUUAAAUUUAUGGGACAGUAUAGUGAUUACAAAGCAUCUCAAACAUUUUUAUCAAAUUAUGAAGCUGCUGAUAUUGCUGCAGUAAAAUUAAGUGUUGAUUCGGCAAAUAUUUGGAGCAUAUCUCCACCUGAUCGAAAAAGAAUGGUAGCAGAAAUAAAUUCUACAAGCGAGUUAAAGGUUAGACUAGAGUAUAAAGUGUCUCAUAGAACAAGUAAUCCAGAAGAUUCGGGAGUAAUACCAGACAAUGUAGAAAUUAUUAUUCCUGCCAGUAUAAAUGGAAUACCCAGUGAAGUUCGUAAUAAUUUAUUGAAGAUGUUAGAAGGGCAAGAAGUUACAUCAGAAACAUUGUUCGAGUACAUUCUGCCAAAGUUUUUAAAAGUAACAAAUAGAGGUACUGCAGCACCAGUUGAUCUUUUUAUGCUUGACAAACCAGAUACAAAAGCUAAACGGUACAGAAAUGUGACUUUGAACUUGCUUCGCACUGGAGGGCAAGAAUGGUGGCAAAUUCAUGAAGUGUGUAAUGACACAAAUUUUAAUAUGUUUCUCUCUGGAAUACCCUAUCAAAACUGUAGCAGUUCUAUUAUAUUAUACACAUUCAAUGAUAAGAUAUUCCCACCAACAUUAAAUUUCCUCACAGGAGGGGGGAUCAUCGGUCUUUACACUACGCUAGUACUAGUAGCAUCACGAGUUUUGAGAGGGCUGUUUGCAGAUCAGUGUUCUAAAAUCAUGUUUGAAGAUAUGCCUAACGUGGAUCGCGUACUUCAACUUUGCCUUGAUAUAUAUUUAGUAAGGGAAGCACGUGAAUUUGCUUUAGAAGAAGAUCUAUUUGCUAAACUAGUAUUCCUGUUUCGAUCUCCAGAAACCCUUAUCAAAUGGACAAGGCCCAAAGAAGAAAUUGGGGAUGAUGAUGACCCUGAAGCAGAGGGUCGAUAGAAUUAGCACAUUCUUUUUAUAGAGAACUAUUAUAUUCUACAAUAAAAAUGUAACAGACAAAAGCUACAGGGUGGAUACUAAGUUAUUACAGCCUUUUUUAUAUGCAACUUACAAGUAGAAUAUGAAAUUUUAUUUAUUAUUAUUAUUAUUAAUGUUAUAACAAUCUAUUAUGAACUUGGAUACUGUGAAAAAAAUAUAUUUAAAUGUUAUUGAUUUUUAAUUGUACUGCUGAUAGCUUUAAGCAAAUGUCCAAGAGUUUUAAUCCUAGUCUAAAAAUGAAAACUCAGGUAAUGUUUUCUUAUUAUAUAAAGAGUUUAAGACUAAAUUCUUAUAUUUUAUUGCUACUGUUAAAUUAUCGAUUACAGUGUAUAUAAUGUAUAAUGUUACCCUUGCUGUAGCUCAGAAUGGUUUAAAAAUACUUCUUAAUUUAAGGUGACAAUUUGAGUGAAGUUGUUGCAGAGUAUGGCCAUUUUCUAUUCCCAGUCAUUUAGGACAAAAAUAUUCUUUUGGUAAUCAGUACACCAUGACAAUGUAAAUUUAAGGUAAAUGGUCACCUCAUUAAACCAUUACAAAGGUGUUUUUUUUUCUAUUAUGUGAUUUUAAGACAUUUUAUUAUACAUAUAUGUAGUGUGUGCUUUUCAAAAUGAA